ACCAGAUUUUCUUCUGCGACUAACAAAUUUCUAACCAUCUACAGGAAUGAAGCUGUGCCUCUAUAUCGGAGUGGCAGUCUCUCUGUUGGUGACUGCUGUACUGGCAGGUCCAGUGGAGGACUACCCUGUGGAAAUGGACUCUCAGGAUACGACCAGUGAUGGACAGUCAGAGAUGGACGAGGACUACAAUGCUUUCCUGGAAUCCUAUCUUCGGAGAGACUUUGAAUCACAGGGUGAUGUGCCAACUGCACAAGACGAUAUUCGACAAGGAAUGGAUGACGCAUUUCUCAUGGCAGAGCCAAGGCUACCACCAAAAUCAGCAGCAGACCUGAAGCAUCAACUUUUGAAUCGUCCCAAACAGCGAGAGACUAGUAUGCAAUCUAGCUGCAACGCUAAAGCGAUCACCCAUGGUGCCACUAUUGGACUUCAGUUUGAGGCAAAUAUGGCCAAGUGGUUGGGCUGUGCUGGACACCCAUGUUCCGGCGCCCCAUGCCCCAGAUUGAUCUUUACAGGAGCCGAAUGGAACAACUGCUGGGGAGAAGUGUUUCAAAUAUACAGGGCCCUUGGUCCUGGUGCCAUUCAGUCUGGAGAUUUCGUUGGUCUCUACUACGGUCGUACUAGACAAUGGUUUUCACUUUCUGGGAACAGCGGCCAC